GUGCUCUCCUCACUCUCACACACUCCGCUAACACGCUGAAGAUCUUUUCUCAAGAUGACUGCUGGGCUGUGUGUGUGUGUCGUGCUGGCAGUCCUGUGUGUGAGCUGUUUGGGACUCCCCUUCUCCUCCCAGCCGUUAGACGAGGGCCAGCGCCCCAUCUCUGCACUCUCUGAAGCUCUCCUUGAGGCUGACACCCACACCUUGGGAGAUCUCCACCUCCGACACAGCCGCUCUGCCCCUCAGCUGAAAGCUCUUCCUCUGGCUGAGGAGGAUGCAGACUCCCGGGCCAACCUCAGCGAGCUGCUUGCUAGACUUAUCUCCUCCAGGAAAGGUUCUGUGCGCAGAAACUCCACAGCAAACAGCAAAGGUGUCGGAACGAGUGCCAACCACCGGAUAGCAGAUAGGGACUACUUGGGCUGGAUGGAUUUCGGCCGCCGCAGUGCAGAGGAGUACGAGUACUCCUCAUAAGGGGAAAUCGCGCCUCACACCACCACCAUAUGGGCACAAGAUAAAAAGAAGAAAAAAAAAAAAACCCUGUGCAAGCUGUCUCACAAUAAGAGUCUAUUUAUGAUGUAUUUGUUGUACAUUUGUUUGUAAAGCUGUAAUAACGCAAUAUACAUACUGUAUGCCAAAUUUUGCAGAAAAGCUCUCACUGUCCAACUUUGUUUGUUUUUGGAUUUCUCUGGUUUCUUUAUCAUUUGGAGUGGAAAGGAGUCGGAUGGUGUCAGGGCUUGUGGAAACUAACUGGACCAAAUAAAGA